AUGGACAACCGACCUACUACGAUGAAGCUCAUCGUUAAGUUCUGUGGUCAACGCUGGCUGCACAAAAUGACGUCGAAAUAUCUAGGCGUCACUCUUGAUCUGGCCGUCACGUUUAAACCACAGUGGACAAGUGCGGACGAGUUUCAAGAUGCUUUGGAAGAUCGCCCUGCUGUUGACGUUUUGGAUCUUCCGGUAUCAAUCGAAGAAUCUCGAAUAGCGAUGAAUCUCUUUUUGAACAAUCACCUUAAAAAGGCUGUUUCCUACAUGGAACCUUGAUACAUCAAGAUCAUCGUCUAA